CUGAGUUUCUGCGCCGUCAUCAGUACCUCAACCAAACAGGGUCUUACCACACCCACAGCGAACUGUAGAGCGCUUGCUCAGUACGACACCGUUUGAAACUUGUUUUCCCUCCAUUUCUAUGCUCUUCUUCAACGGACAUGACAUGAACCAUUCAUUUUGGAGUAGCAAAGAAAGUGAACGCUUUUAUUCACCCUGUGCAGAUGAGGUUUCAUGUAUGCCCAAAACAUCUCAAGCCUCUAUUGUUGGUUUGCAAAGAUAAAAAAACUAUAGCCCAAAUCCAUGCUUUCAUGAUCUUGACUGGUUUCUCCACCCACGGAAACACCAUUGGCCGCUUAAUAGCAUCCUAUGCGCGCAUGGACAAUAUCUCUUCAGCCCGUAAACUGUUUGAGAAUUUGCCUCGGAGAGGUGUCGAUGCUUACAACGCCAUGAUUAUCGCAUAUUCUCGUAAUGGUAACCCAGGAGAAGUUAUGGGUCUCUACAAACGGAUGGCUAUGGAAGGAGUUAGACCUGAUAGCUCUAUUUUCACGGUGGCUAUUAAAGCGUGCAUCAGCUUGAUGGAUAUGGAAAUGGGGGAAGAAGUUUGGCGUCGAGCUCUGGAUUCUGGUUAUGCAGGUGACGUGUUUGUUGGAUCAUCUAUGUUGAAUUUGUACGCAAAAUGCGGGAAGAUGGAUGAGGCAAUGGUGAUUUUUGAUCAGAUGACAAGAAAGGAUCUUGUCUGUUGGACUACAAUGGUGACAGGGUUUGCUCAAAGUGGGCGGCCCAGGGAUGCCAUUGAAGCGUAUAGAAGAAUGCAAAAAGAGGGAAUGGAAGGAGACAUAGUUGUAAUGGUAGCAUUGCUUCUGGCUUGUGCGAAUCUUGGGGACUUGAAAGCUGGUCUUUCAAUACAUGGGUACAUGACAAGGCGAGAUCUUCCUCUGGACAUCGUGAUUCAGACCAGCCUUGUGGAUAUGUACGCCAAGCAUGGAUUUGUAGAGCUUGCUGCUCAUGUGUUCAGAAAGAUGUCUCAUAAGAAUGUAGUUUCAUGGGCGGCAUUGAUCUCUGGCUAUGCUCAAAAUGGUUUUGCAGGGAAAGCUCUUGACUUGGUGAUGGAGAUGCAGGAUUAUGAAUUCAAACCGGAUUUGGCUUGUCUUGUUGGUGCACUUUUAAGCUGUUCGCAAGUUGGGUUUUUGAAACUGGGCAAAUCCAUACAUGGUUACAUUGUGAGAAAUCUUGAUUUUGAUCGAAUUGCUGCUACUUCUUUGAUUGACAUGUAUUCAAAAUGUGGAGAACUUUCUUCUUCACGUAUCAUGUUUGAUCAAAUAGAUUCUAGGGACUUGAUUUCUUGGAAUGCAAUGAUUGCUAGCUAUGGAGUCCAUGGACACGGAAGGGAAGCUCUGGCUCGUGGCGGACAAGUGGAAAAAGCCCUUGAACUAAUAGAUUCCAUGAACUCAGAACCAGGAUUGACUACUUUGGUUGCGCUCUUGUCAGGUUGCCUUACUCAUAGAAAGUUUUCAGUUGGAGAGAUAGCAGCAAAGAAGAUCCUGUACUUGAAUCCUGACGACCUGGGAGUCCAUGCCUUAGUUUCAAACUUAUUUGCCGUGGGGAAGAAGUGGGAUGAGGUAGCUGGUAUGAGGAAGAUCAUGAAAAGAACAGGGAUGAGGAAAGUCCCCGGCUACAGUGUAGUAGAAGUGAAUGGGAAGCUUCAUGCAUUUCUUAAGGAUGAUAAGAGCCAUCAUCAAUAUGAAGAUAUCAUUCAUAUAUUGGAUAAACUGGAUUAUGAGAUGAAAGCAAAGUACAGAACUAAAGAUUCAUAACCUUGACGAGGAAGAGAGAAAAUGUUUCAUGUGGCAAGAAUCAGAGCCAGCUACUUUAUUCGUGGCCUGAACACAGGGCUAUGGAUCGGAUUACAGAUAUCAGCAGACUGGGCAUGGCACACACACAAUACAACUGACUUUCUGAUAUAUGAGAUCAAGUCAGUUGGAACUGAUUUUGACUACCUUGAGAAGCCAAUACACAAAUUACUAUUGCUAGAAAUUCUUUCCAGAUUUGAGAAAUAAAUGAUUUCUCUUAAUGCCAGCUAAAAAAAAUUGUGGUGAACUUCUUCAACCACGAGUCAUUCAUCACCAGCAGUUGGCUAAAAGAAUUUGUAGAGGGUCAUAGAAAACUGUUAUCUUACUUGAAUUUAUCUUGCUAACUGCACUAAGAGCA